CUUUCUCUCUCUCUGUACAAAGCGUGUUCAAUGACAUUCCAGUUACUGGCAAAAGAGAAGGCCACGAUUGUCCUGAGGAAGAUAUAUAGAAAUGGCUUUAUAUUCUUUAUUUAGGUCUGUCAGAACUGAGCUAGGCAAGGGAUGUCUCGCGCAGCAUGUUCAGUCUCUUUACACAAGCUGCCCGAGUUUAGCGGCAGACAAAUCACUUCUCCUCAAAUUACGCAAAUCUACGGGCUACACUUUCAUCAACUGCAAAAAGGCAUUGGAGAAAUUCAACAACGACAUUACACAGGCAGAAAGCUGGCUGAACGAACAAGCGCAAAAAGAGGGCUGGAGCAAAGCAAGCCGACUGGAAGGUCGGAAAGCCAAGGAAGGACUGGUUGGUGUCAUGAUGGUUGACAAAGCUGCUGUCAUGGUUGAGGUGAACUGUGAGACUGAUUUUGUGGCCAGGAAUGACAAGUUUCAGCAGUUGGUGAAGGAUGUUGCUUUUUCCAUAAUGGCUCAUCACAACAGCAAAGGACAGUCCGGCAAUGUUAAGAGUGUGUUGUCUUCUGAGGAUCUAACUAAGCUUCGGAUGCCUGAGGGACCCACACUGGGAGAUCAGAUAGCCUUGACUAUAGGGCGAUUGGGUGAAAACAUUGGCAUGAGGCGGGCUGUAUCACUUAGCGUGCCCUCUGAUUGGCACAUUGGCACAUAUGUUCAUGGGGCGGUACCUGGGCAGGUUGGCAUGGAGAUGGGGCGCUAUGGAGCACUAGUUGUGUUUCAAGGUGGACCUAAGGAAGGGACAGAAACUUUUGGAAGGAAGCUCGGGCAACAUAUAGUGGGUGAAGCACCGGUUACUCUUGGCAAUAUGGACGAUAUACCAUGUGGUGAAUCUGAGACAAGACUUUUGCCCCAGACCUUCCUUCCAGAUCCCAAAUAUACCGUGGGACAGUACCUGACUCUACAGGAUGCACAUGUGCUAGAUUUUGUACGCUUCCAGUGUGGAGAAAGCACCAGUCAGGAGGCAGAGUGAGAUUAACUAUUUGUAAAAUUGUUGAACUAGAUUUAUUAAAUUAAUUAACUAAAUCAAUAUGUUAUCUAUAAAUUCUGUCAUUGUCAGUUGCCCAUGAAAUUAAGUACCCAGUUGGGGUUUGUGCCAGAAGUUAUGUUUUGGGAAUUAAAUCCAUAGUGGUCAAUUGGUAAUUUAGUGUUUGCAGUUGCGAUGGUGAGAUGUUACUGCUAUAAAACAAAACACUGCCUCAAACAGGUGAAUUUGAACUUGGGACUGUGCCACAACAAUAAAUAAACAUUUUAUGAUUU